AUGUGGAAAGACGGCGGCGAUGACGGUUAUGGUGGAAAAAUGCGAAAGGAGGACGAGGCGAUGGAUGGACAGGAGGUAGGGGCAGACAAUGCGGUUGGAAACCGGGUCGUGGAAAUGGGCGAAAUCCGUUUUCGACCACCAGCCAACAACAGCCCCAAUCAGUACAAGGGACGUGAACCAAGGGAUUCAGAGCAGCGUGAGAAGUUCCGUAAACCAGCACCUCAGUGUCCACAGUGGGAAGAUCGCCACCAUCGCGUCAACAACAAUUGUCCACUAUGGCAUCCCUACAAGAUGUGCUUGUUCUAUCCAAAUUGUCGUUCGACGGCGCUCGAUUGUGGAUAUGCGCAUCCGUUCUGUAGCGAGGACGAAUGUGAAUGUGCCGAGGAGAACAAGGAUCCACAACUCAACCACUGGAUCGCUCCGAAUCGGUACGAGUUCAACUGGAUCAUUGCU